AUGUCAGAAGAAUUAAUUAUUCCAAUUUCGGAAAUGGAGGGCAUUACACCAGAAUAUCAAAGAUUAAUGGAUAAAUCAAACAAUGUUGAUUAUAAAUGGAUUGCAGACAAUAAUAUUUUUGUUCAAGUUGGUUGUGAUAUGGAGGGUGUACCAGUUUUCUUAUUAAAUGCUUCAAAUUUACCUCCAACCUCGCAAAUUGAACCUGUAUUAAUCGGUAUUUUAAAAACAUUAGAACAAAUUGUUAAAGGUAAUAGAUAUACAUUAUUAUAUUCACAUGCAUUACUAAAACAAGAAAGUACACCAGACAAAUCAUGGUUAAAUUCAUUUUAUCAAAUGUUACCAAGAAAUUAUAAAAAGAAUUUAAAAAAUUUGUAUAUUUUACAUCCAAGUGGUUGGUUAAAGAUUUUAUUAUUAGCAAUGUCACCAUUUUUAAGUGAAAAGUUUUGGAGUAAAGUUGAAUAUUUAGAUUACAUUCAAGAGAUACCAGGUGUUUUAGAUAGAUCAAAUAUUAUAUCAAAAUUACCACAAUCAAUUAAAGAUUAUGAUAAAGGUUUAUUAGAAACACCAGAAGUUACUGAACAAGUUGUUUCUGGUAUGGAUACUUUAGGAAAAGAAUAUUUAUCAAGUUUUGCUUCAUCUUUUAAUUUCUUUUCUUCAACCAAUCCAUCAUCUUGGACAAGUCCAAAAUAA